AUGGUCCAGCCCGUGGGUAUCCUAUUGGUUUCUAUAUGCCUGUUUUACAGACUGUCCAGUCUUCCAGACAAAGAUUAUUAUCCACCAACCAUGGAUUCCAUCAUGAAAAUGCCAGAGACAGAAGAUGAUGACUGUGUCUUUCCAUUCUGGUAUAGAAAUGAAAUAUUCUAUGACUGUGUCAAUUUCAAUGCAAAACACAAGUGGUGUUCUUUGAACAAGACCUUUCAAGGUUACUGGAGGUACUGUUUUGUCUCAGACUAUGCUAAAUGUGCCUUUCCCUUCUGGUUCAGACACAUGAUCUACUGGGAAUGCACAGAGGAUGGGGAAAUGUUUGGAAAAAAGUGGUGUUCACUCACCCCAAAUUACAACAAAGACAAGAUUUGGAAAUAUUGUACAUAA